AUGACCGGCAGUACUCGCGCCAGCGCCGGCUCCUUCUUCCUCGUGCUUCUCUUCGUCGCGCUGACCGGCGUCGCCGACCUCGCGUCCGCCGCCACCGGAGCGGGUGCCACUGUUGCCUUCAGCGGCGACGACAACAACAACGUGGCGGCCCUUCUGACGACGCCGGCGUCGGCGUCCCCGGUCGAGCUGAACGGCUUCAUGCAGUGCCUGCUGGGCUGCUUCACGCAGGUGUUCGGCUGCUCGUUCGGGUGCAUGGGCAAGAAGGGCGCGGACCUGCCGCUCUGCAUCAUCAGCUGCGACCAGAAGAGCGUCGUCUGCAUGAUCCGCUGCGGGCUCUCGCCGUCGCCGCCGUCGCCGCCCAAGCCCUCGCCGCCGGGGCCCAAGCCGCCGUCGCCCAAGCCACCGUCGCCCAAACCACCCAAGCCGCCCACGCCCAAGCCACCCACGCCCAAGCCGCCCACACCCAAGCCCUCGCCACCAACUCCCGCGCCACCCGGCCCGCCCUACCCCGACCCGCCGACGCCUGCGCCACCCGGCCCGCCCUACACCCCGCCGUACGCCGUCACCGGACGCAAGACCGCGGCCUCUGCCAAAUAUGCCUGCCGACAUGUGCUAUCUCUCGAUCAAUCCAUUGUACCAGUGAAUAUAUACACCAUAAAAUGA